CGUUUUUAUGCUGCUAACAAACCCUGCUUACUGGGAUGUUUAUCACUGCUGCCAGGGGUCAAAAGUUGGGGGUGUUCUUUAAUCAUUGGAUUUUUCUGUUCUGUAAGAGAUUUCUUUUCAAAAAGGUCGGAGUUUAGUUGUUUACUGGGACUGCGGGAUUUAAAAAGGUCUUUUAAAACUGGGUUGGAAUAUUGUGCCUUGCCUUUUUCCCCACUUUGAUUUUGUUAGUUGUCUUUUAGAGCAGUUGUGUGAAAUGACUGAGGGCAGAGCAUGUUCCCAGAGCGGAGAUAAGGGACAGUGUCGGGUAAUGUUGCUGUUUCAGUGUGGUGUAAAAGCGGAGCUUUGCAGCGAGGCACUUGGAUGCGUUCCCUCCAUACGGCGCCCUGCUGCCCGUAUGGGAACGGGAGCUUCUGUGCGAUUGGGGAGCGCGGUUUGGGAGGUAGAAGCAGUUGGAGUCAGGGCAAGCUGCGCUUUGUAAGGUCAGUGUGCAGUUCAGAAACAAGCAUUUCCAUUAAAAAAAGACAAUCUCACUCUCCACAAAUCCUUUGGCUUUGCUUUCCGGUUCAUUUCCAUGCAGAUGAGUACACGAUAACAAAACUUUUGCUCUGUGGGUUGUCCUUUUCUUGCAAUCGCGUUCUGCUCCAGCAGCGCUGCUUUCUCAUUUGCCUGCAACUGGGAAUAUUCUGCUUUAUUGUGAAAGAUCUCCUGCCUGCAGGAGAGGAGAACACGGGGCAAGAUGAACAGUCCGAGCAGGAGCUAGAUGCCUUUGGGAAGGAGCUCUAUCUCUGCUGUGUUUCUUCUUGCAGUAGAAAUCCCAGUCAGUACUUUGUUUGGGAUAAAAGAGUAUCUGUUGGGAUGUUUUUUCACUUUCCCAGAGAAAUAUUUCCCAACAUCCUUGAGACGGAGAUACACCUAAGUGAGAGCUUUUUCAUGGUGAAAGGCGCAGCCCUUUUCUUACAACAAGGAAACAGCUCCCAGGGCCAGCGAAGUCUCCAGCAUCCUCACAAACAUGCAGGUGAUUUGCCUCAGCACCUCCAGGUGAUGAUCAACCUCCUUCGCUGUGAGGACAGGAUCAAACUGGCUGUCCGUUUGGAAAGCGUGUGGACAGACAGAGUCCGGUACAUGGUGGUUGUCUACAGCAGCGGACGACAGGACACAGAAGAGAAUAUUCUGCUGGGUGUGGAUUUCUCCAGCAAGGAGAGUAAAAGCUGCACUAUAGGAAUGGUUCUUCGCCUGUGGAGCGAUACUAAAAUCCAUCUCGAUGGUGAUGGUGGCUUCAGCGUGAGCACCGCAGGGAGAAUGCACAUCUUCAAGCCGGUGUCAGUGCAAGCCAUGUGGUCUGCUCUACAGAUCCUCCAUAAAGCCUGUGAAGUUGCAAGAAGGUACAACUACUUCCCCGGUGGGAUGGCCUUGGUCUGGGCCACAUACUACGAAAGCUGCAUCAGCUCCGACCAGAGCUGCAUCAACGAGUGGAACGCGAUGCAGGACUUGGAGUCCACCCGCCCUGAUUCUCCAGCCCUGUUUGUUGACAAGCCAACUGAAAGAGAACGGACAGAACGGCUCAUUAAGGCCAAACUCCGGAGCAUCAUGAUGAGCAAAGACCUGGAAAAUGUGACUUCUAAGGAGAUACGAAAUGAGCUGGAGAAACACAUGAACUGCAACUUGAAGGAAUUCAAGGAAUUUAUAGACAAUGAAAUGCUGCUUAUCCUGGGUCAGAUGGACAAACCGUCUCUGAUUUUUGAUCACUUAUAUCUGGGAUCUGAGUGGAACGCCUCCAACCUCGAGGAGCUGCAGGGCUCUGGCAUUGACUACAUUUUGAAUGUGACAAGGGAGAUAGAUAAUUUUUUCCCUGGUCUGUUCGCGUAUCACAAUAUCCGAGUGUACGACGAGGAGACCACGGACCUCCUGGCUCACUGGAACGAGGCGUACCACUUCAUAAACAAGGCCAAGAAGAAUCACUCCAAGUGCCUGGUGCACUGCAAAAUGGGUGUGAGCCGGUCGGCAUCAACUGUUAUAGCAUACGCGAUGAAGGAAUUUGGCUGGUCGCUGGAAAAGGCCUAUAAUUAUGUGAAGCAAAAACGCAGCAUUGCGAGACCAAAUGCAGGCUUCAUGAGACAGCUUUUGGAAUAUGAAGGCAUUUUAGAUGCGAGCAAGCAGCGCCACAAUAAGCUGUGGAAGCAGCAGGCAGAGAGCAACCUACCCCAGAACACAGAUGGCACCACAGGGUCGGAUGACUUCUUACUCGAGAGUUUGGACAUCGACCUAGAAAACCGCCUGGCUGACCUGGAUACGCCUUCGCAAUCAGCAUACCUGGACAACCGCGCCGGCACAGACGUGUCUGUGGGGUUUAAUUACUGCUUCCGUCGCCUCUCGGACACGCUGCUGGAGAACAAGAUUCCUGGUGACAGGGAAGGCUUUUUCCCCGUGGAGGAGCUGGAGCAGGAUGUGGUUGUGGAGCGCUGUGCCUCGCUGGUGGGACAGCCGCCCUCUGCGCCUUUGGAGAUGGUGAAAGCCCUGAAGGCAGCAGAGCCGCUGGCAGAGCUGAGCACUUUCAGCGAGAAGGAGGUGAAGAAGAAACUGGAGUUCAGCCCUAGGAAGGGAAGGAGGGUGCUGGGCCCUGGGGACCCAGGGGAGGACGGUAUCAGGGAGGAAAAUCCAAUGGAGAAGUGGAAGCGGCGUUUGUCCGUGCACAAGGAGGAGAGCAGGCUUAAUAGAGAGAACUUGAAUAACAACAACAGCAAAAGGAGUUGCCCAGAGGAUUUUGAGCGUGAUGCUGUGUUUGGGAUCCUCAGUAAAGUCAAGCCUUCCUAUCAGUCUUGCACUGACUGCAUGUAUUCCUCGGCCGGUUUGUCUCCUGAUUCCUUUGGGGAGCAGUGUGAAAAGUUGAAUCCCAGCAGUGCACGUCGCAGCGCCACCAUCUGCACGCAGCCAGCCCUCCUCUCCCACAUCAAUUCCAACUUGGACCACCUUCCCAGCAAGGCACACUCAGAGGAAGGAAUCAGAACUAAAAAUAAUGAGGCUCCCCUUCCUCUGUCGGCAGGAACUGGUGCUUUGGAGGUUGGCACUUGCAAAUCUCUUAAUCAACACUGCGGUGUUUUGGAGAAAGGAAAAGAUGCACCGAAAACCCCGGUCAAAACUCUGCUGCCCAGGAGAAACUCGCACUGUGACAAGAACCUCCUUAGCGUAGAAGUGGUGAAAGAAGAGCCUCUAGCCAGAAAAGAUGGCAAGCCUACCAAGGAUCUGAAGUACUUGUUGUUCAGCAAAGAGUUGGAAAAGCCGAGUGCAAACAGUUACUUGAUGCAGCACCAGGAGUCUCUUAUUCAGCUGCAGAAAGCAGGCUUGGUUAGGAAGCACACCAAAGAGCUGGAGCGGUUGAAAAGCCUGCCCUCGGACACCUCAUCGCUGCUCAGAGAGAGCUCCCUGAGCAGAGUUGACUCCGGCAUUGUGGAGGGAAGCGAGGAUUUGAUUUCACAUCACAGCCUCGUGCCUCUUCUGGGACCGGCACCCAUGAUACCUGAAGAUGCAGAAGACGAGGUGAAAGAGGUGAAACGCACCUUGGAGGGGAUCUCUCAGAAAACCUCCACGCCUGUCGCGUGCCGGUUGGAGCACACGAGCAGCUUCACCAAGGACUUCCUGAAGACCAUCUGCUACACUCCCUCCUCCUCCCGGAGCUCCAACCUGACACGGAGCUCCAGCAGCGACAGCAUCCACAGUGUGCGGGGCAAGCCUGGCCUGGUGAAGCAGCGGACUCAGGAGAUCGAAACCAGGCUACGGCUGGCUGGCUUGACUGUAUCUUCUCGACUGAAAAGGUCCAAUUCUCUCGCCAAGCUAGGAUGUCUUAACUUGUCCUCUGAGGACUUAUCCAGUGACAUGGAUGUGUCAACCAUAACGGACUCAAAAGAGGCCGUUUCAAGCGAGUCUUCCGUGCUCUGUGAGCCACAAUCCAUGCUGAGGAGCGCAGAUGUCACCUCCAAACUGGCAGCAAAGCCAGCGGUCGGAAACUUGAAGAACAUGCUUUGGAUAGGCAAAAGUUGAUGCCUUCUGUGUGGGGAGCAAGGGGGUGGAUUUGGGCUGCGGGGAGGGGGGUUAUGGCAUUUAUUCAUUGCAGUUUCAUCAUCUUGACUUGCAGUUCAUCUGAUGCCACCUCUUCUUCCCCUCUUUGUACUCAAAGUGGGAAGAAAAAAACAUAAUGGGUCAUGAUGAAUGGCACAAGGGAAAAUAAAAUGUAUUGCAUGGCUUAGAGGAGGGCUUUGUGUGUGGGUUGCCUGUUGUCCUGCAGGAUGUUAUUCCUAGUGCUGUUUGCCAAGUAUAAUAAUGUGUUUCUGUGGGGGGGGCAUAUAUAGAUGGAUAUUUGCAUCUCUUUAUCUAUCUAUAUAUAAAAUGCUGAAAUAUUCUGUUUCAAAGACAAAACAAUUCAUCAUGACUGUUUCUUUUACAGAACAACCACGAGUCUCUGGUUAAAACAGGGCACUUGUGGAAAAUCCUUAAAAUGGUGACAUCAACACUACCUCUGUUCUUGCUGACUUGGUUUGUUUGUUUGGAUGGGGUUUUUGAAAAGGCUUUUCCCACAAGCCUUCCUGUUGGAAGGCAUUCCCUAGGUGUUAACUAAAGGCCUGGAGGAGUGUGAAGACAGAAGCCCUGAAUAACCUUGCUGUGAAGUGGAGGAUUGUCGAGCUGCAUUGUGUUGGCUCUGUUACCCGUCCUCGCUGUGUGACUGAGUGAAUUGUCACUCUCACGUUGGUGCCGGAGUGACGCCCAAACCGUGUCGCUGCCACCGGCUUGUGCUCCUGUGGAGAGGCCUCUUGUGCUUUGGGUGUUUUUGCUGUCGUCGUGGUUUGUGAUGUCCCAGUGCUAAUGACGAGCCUGGCCAGUAAGUGACCGUGGACCCUUGUGAAGCUUUAUGUGAUGCUGUGUUGGUGUCGUGGAUCCUGUGUCAGGGACCGUUCUUCUCGGGCUGUUGGUGGCACGCCGUGCCGGCGAGAUGGCCAUGGAGGGACGGCUCUCCUGGUGUCCCACGCGUUUGAAAUCCCAGUAGGCAAUAGGUGAACGUGUGUCUUUUCUGGUUAUUGCUGUUGGGUUUGGUAGAACGGUUCCCGUGUCCUUGGUUUGCCGGCAGCCUGGGAAGCUGUUGAUGAAGUCCAGGGGUUAUUUAUGCCAGGUGUCAGGAGGCAUAAAUGUGGCCCUGGAGUACGGAGCUGGGGUGUACGUGUCCUGACUCACACAGGGCUGCACCAGUCUCCUGUCAGAGGUGCCAGAGGUGUAAAUCCUGCUCUGGGGGGCAGUGCAUCCUUCAGGAAGAGCAGCCAAACAGAAGAAUGGGCUCACUCCAAAGAGAGAGAAAGAUGUUGAAGGUGUGAGUGAGAUGUCCUUUCUGAGGAACGCUGGCGUGACCUGCAGAGAGGGCCUGUGCCCCCCUUGGUGAGGCACUCGUGGUGCUGCAUGCUCCGUAGGCAUCGUAGCUGAGGAAGCACAUCCUGUCCUGCUCCAGAGGCUGAUUUUUGGGGACCGGUGCUACUAUGUGCUCCUCCUCUUGCUGCCCUGCUGCGGGAGAAGCUUGAGAUGCAGCGGUUCACUGAUGCUAUGUGAAAUGUAUAUUUUCUUCGCCUCUUUUGGGUAACCGCCCAGGUCAGAACUGCGCUGUGCGAGGUGCCCUGGCUAAGUUGGGAGGGAAGAACUUGAGAAAUGUGGAGGGGACGUGGUCCAAACCUUGGUGCUCUCCGAGUUCCACCUGAAACCAUGCAUUCGGGGAUAUUUUGAAGGAGGUGUGGAGCAAAACAGACCUUGGAGGUCAGCGAUGGCAAAUGGAUGGAUUUGUGUUUCGAAACCAGGCUGUGAGCGCAAACUCGUGUUGAAGAUCUCCAUCGAAAGCCAUUCUUAACGAUCCCCUCCUUGAGGUGAGGAGGGAGCAGGGCUGGCACAGUUGUUCUCAGAGUGUCUGUCUGUUUUAAUCCAAAAUCCACUGUACUGAGAAAAGGAACCGGGAGUUUUACUGCCCUAAAUGCCCGGACUUCAACUUUUUUUCCUUAAGCGUAAGACCCCACAUUUUUGUAUUAACAGGGUGAGAAAUUGUGGGGACUGGCAAUCAGUAAAUGAAUGUCCCUCCUUGAAGAGUCCUCAAUGCAACAAACAUAUUUAGUUUAAGGCACGCUCCACUCCCUCUUUCGCCCGUGAAAGCUGGUUUGAAGCAAAAGCUACUGCGUGAGGGGACAACAGGCAGAAACUUUUUGCUUUUUAGGGCUGAGAAAAUGCUGGGCUGUGUUCAGCGUCAGACGGAAAUACCCUCUACCUGCUAUCAGCACAGCAGGGGUGCAUGUGCGAGUCUCUGCUGCAAUAAAUUUCCUAUAUUUGUAUGGUUUUCUUCUCCUUUUCUUCUGAUUUAUGCAGGGGGGCAGCCCAGGGGGGCCUUGGGGUUGUUUGAUGCUCGGAGCAGCCGCCUGGGAGGACCUUUGUGGCUCCUGCCCACCUCUGCUACUCGCAGUGCUGUGAUCCUAGCACAGUUUGAGCCUCAGCCUCUGCUUGCAAAGGCUGUUGGCAGAGUUAUUUUCCUCCACUUUGUGCAACCCCAGCGCUGCAGACCUUUCCCGUCACUGCCCGGCCAUGGGAGGAACUCGAGCGGGGGCUCAGAUUUAAAUAAAUUCAGAAAGAUUCUGUUAAUGGAUGCAAGCAAACGUAGACAUUUCCUUCUUGUUUUCUUGAGUGGCUGCCAAGUUCUGCUGUGAUGCGAACCCCUGCUUUCCCGGGGUGCAGCUCGGCGCUCACCCUCUUAUCCUUGCCGCUCGCUUGGGCUCAGCUCUUGCUGGACCAGCCCCGCUCAUCGGGCUCGGGGUUCCGUUUUGAUGUUGUUGGGCCACAGGUACAGUUUGUCGGGACUCGAUCUUGAAGCCAACGUGCACUAGAAGCACUAGUGUGCCAUUUCAAAGGGUUUUGUAGCCAAACCUGUGCUUGCAGACUUCAUUAGGUUUGUUGCAUGAGAAGGUAGAUGUGGUUUUCCUCUCCCCCCUCCGUGUUGUAAUUGUUCUUUUACAAUGGAGUGCCUUAAUAAUAGUUUACAAAUACUGUGUAUUUAUGCUGAGCUGUUCCACUCUGCUGGUUGCUGUUCGUUUCUUCUUUUUUUUUUGAUGUUUUUUGGUGUUUCCGGUGGCAGUGAGACCGUUGCUCCUUGUGUGCGUCGCCCGCCCGGUCCCGCUGAGCUCAGCGCUGCUCCCCGCUUCCCGUCUGCUCCGCACAUGGCAAACCCAAAGGGCUGUGUUGGGACGUGGCGCUGCCACUCCCGGUGCCCCCGUUUAUCUAUGCAUUCCCGCAGAGGCGCAGACGGGGGUGUCUGGGGAGACAUCCCAUCGAGCGGUGCCGGGUAGGAAUCCAAACCCAGUCCCAUUCUGCCAGAAAACCCAAAAUGCACAAAACUGGCACCUUAUUUCCACUCCAGGCAUUGUAGGUCUGACAGCAAUAGCUGUCCUCAUGGUUGUCCUUUCUGCGAGGCUGCUGUCAGGCUUGGUUGUGCCCCGUGUCCCCCAUCGCGUGCUCUCGGCCGGGGAGUUGGAGACCGUCCUGGUUCGACCCAGAGAGGAGGGGUGGGUGAGUAACGUGUAGCUGUUCCAGUGUGUCGCUGUACUCUGUGAUAACAGUGUUCCUUUUAUUUCACGGUAUUUCUUAAUCCUGGUUUUAUAUUUAAGCCCGCGAUAUCUUUUGUACUGUACGUCGGCGGGAGGGGACGCAGAAUGCACUUUUGUUUUUGGUUUUUUUUUUUACU